UGCUAUAAUCCAGUCUGCUCUGCGAUGCCGCUGCAGUCCUCCACCAGUCGUGUGCUCGCCAGCCCCCCGCUCUGGGGUCUCCGCUCUCCCUCACUAUUUCGUCUACCCUACACCGACGCGUAAUUUGGAGCACCACCCUCGCUUGUCUGGGCGAUCACAGACAUUAUGCCGUGGGCAUACGAGCACCGCUACUGGCUCUACGCGUGGAUACCAAUCUUUGGAUCUUUCAUCUGGUUCUUCACAUUGUGGGCCAUGCUGAUAACCUGGCUUGCCACUGGCCGCCCGAAAUACGUCCACGAGCAGGGAAGUAUCGCUCUCAUCUCCGAUAUCGGGGCGAGCUACCUCAAGCCGCUGUUCAUCGCUUGCUGUUCUAUAACGGGAGCGUCGUUCUUCCUGACGCUGGUGACUGAGAGAUGGUUGCGGCAUUCAGGCCGAUUGAUCCCGAACAUGCGUCGUCGGGAGAAGGUGUUCUCGAUACUCGCGAUCAUCGGCUCCUUCAUCGGAGGUGGGGGGCUCAUCAUGCUCUCGAUCUUCGAUGUGCGCCGGUUUCACUCGGUGCAUGACUCGAUGCUGGUCGUGUUUAUUGUCGGCGUCGGGCUCAGUGCCAUCUUCAUCAUUAUCGAGUAUCGCUGGCUCAGCAAGAAUUACGCCGAAGAGCGUAAGCUCAAGACAGCAUACAUCAUCAAGGGCGUCAUCGCGGGAACCCUCAUCAUCCUCGCGAUCAUCUUUGCGAUCACCCUGUGGGUAGCAUCCAACGUCGGAGCGGUAUUCGAGUGGGUCAUCGCCUUCGGGUACACGUUCUACCUAUUAUCCUUCUACUUCGACUUGCGCAUGUCCCGCGGCGUCCGCAAGGGCGAACUGCACCCGCUCGCAGCGCAGCGGACCGGCGUUCCGAUGCAGCAGGUCAACGGCAACAAUGUGAAUCAGCCGUACACCAAUGGACAUACGAACGGGCAUGGCAAUGGCGGGGUCUACGGCUAUGCUGCGAAUGGACCGGCCGCGAAUAUGUCUGAGCGAGUGUAGAAGUGACUACAUUGUUGUAGUCACGACCCUUACGAUACUGGGCACGAUGCCACUGGCAUGUUUUCUUCGAGGAUUGCGUUCACAUUGCUUCCACCACAUACCUUGUUACACGACUUACUUACAGUACCAUCGACUGACUCGCGUUAGUAUUAGUCUAAUGAUCGUGGAUCCCAGUAUUAUAGCAAGCUCCCCUUGCAAUCUCCGUGAUUGAGCCGUAAUUAAUCUUCCC